CACUGGUACACGGUUCAGUUAUGACGCCCCACUCAACAUGGCACGUCCAGCUUGGCGUGCUUUACGUGAUGACGUCAGCUGUGUUUUGACUUCAGUGUCACUGCGUCUUCAAACUGAGAAUCAGUAAAAGGGAUUGUUGUCCAGCUAAACAGACUCACCUUCAUCAUGGCAUUGAGAAGCGCUGUGUGUCGUCUCUUGGUCAACCCUCACAGAUGUGCCAUCAUCUCAGCUUCAAGAGCACAGGGAACUGCAGCAGAGGCCAGAUAUGAUGCAGCGAAGACUGAGCAGAAGCCCAAAGCACCUAAAGUCCAGUUCAACUGGCGUGAUGCCCUGGACCUGGAGGGCUUGCUGACAGAGGAGGAGAUCAUGAUCAGGGACUCCUUCAGGACCUACUGCCAAGAGAAACUCAUGCCUCGCAUCCUAAUGGCAAACAGAAAUGAAGUUUUCCACAGAGAAAUCGUGUCAGAGAUGGGAGAGAUGGGGGUCCUGGGCCCGACUAUUAAAGGUUAUGGCUGUGCUGGGACAAGCUAUGUGGCCUACGGGUUGAUCGCCAGAGAAGUUGAGAGAGUGGACAGUGGCUAUCGCUCAGUCAUGAGUGUGCAGUCCUCACUGGUCAUGCACCCCAUUAAUGCCUACGGCACAGAGGAGCAGAAACAGAAGUACCUCCCCAGGCUGGCUCGUGGAGAGAUUCUCGGCUGCUUUGGCUUGACGGAGCCCAACCAUGGCAGUGACCCAGGCGGCAUGGAAACCAGAGCCAAGUUCAACCCAUCCAGUCGCACCUACACCCUCACUGGCUCAAAGACCUGGAUCACCAACUCUCCAGUGGCAGAUGUUGCUGUGGUCUGGGCUAAAUGUGACGAUGGGAAGGUCCGUGGCUUCAUCCUGGAGCGUGGCAUGAAGGGCCUGUCAACACCUAAGAUUGAGGGGAAGUUCUCUCUGAGAGCCUCGGCCACCGGUAUGAUCGUCAUGGACGACGUGGAGGUUCCUGAGGAGAACCUGCUGCCUAAAGUUUCCGGCCUCGGGGGUCCUUUCGGCUGCUUGAACAAUGCUCGUUAUGGUAUUGCAUGGGGCUCUCUGGGUGCUGCAGAGUUCUGUUUCCAUGCAGCUCGACAGUACACACUCGACAGGAUCCAGUUUGGCGUGCCACUUGCAAGGAAUCAGCUGAUGCAGAAGAAAAUGGCCGACAUGCUGACAGAGAUCACCCUCGGCCUGCAGUCCUGUGUGCAGCUGGGAAGACUAAUCGAUGCUAAAAGAGCAGCCCCAGAGAUGAUCUCCAUGCUGAAGAGGAACAACUGUGGUAAAUCCCUUGACAUCGCCAGGCAGGCCAGAGACAUGCUGGGAGGAAACGGCAUCGCAGACGAGUACCACGUCAUCCGCCACAUGAUGAACCUGGAGUCUGUCAACACAUACGAAGGUACACAUGAUAUCCACGCCCUGAUCCUGGGCAGAGCCAUCACAGGACUGCAGUCCUUCACUGUGGACAAAUAGAUCCAACCUCCCACUGCAGGAGCCUGCUGUCACACAUGGAGCUCACAUGGCAACUCUGCAGCAGUUAUGAGAUGAUUGUGAUGAAUUGUCACGUGUAUAGAGUAGGGUUGUCACGAUACUAAAAUUUUCAACUCGAUACCGAAACUGGAUACCAUUUUCGAUACCACAAGGAUAAAAACAAAGACCCCAAAAUUGAACAGAAAUAGUUUUAUUAACAAGUAAAAUGCAACAUGUAAAAAUUAACAGAACCACAGGUUAAAUAGUUAUAAUAAAAAAACAGUUGUGCAAAAAAGAAACUGCAACUAUGAUAACAAGAUUCAGGUACUCGAUACUUUUGAAAAUUAGUAUCGUAUCCGGAUAUACAUACACUUUUUUGAGUAUCGAUACUUUUGACAACCCUAGUAUAGAGACAUGUUUGUUCUCAUAUA